CUUCCGCGGCCGGCGCUCCCUCAGUGACGGAAUGAAGGGGGUGGGCAUUCUGGCUCGGGAGGACCCCGCCGCGGCCCCGGAAGCGCCUCGUCCCGGGCAGUGUUGGCUGCGGUCGCCGUGAUGUUUGCGGGGUUGGGCGGCUGACCGCCGGGAUAGGAGCGGCCCCAGUGCCCCAGAUCUCGGUGGCCGCUGCUGGAGCGCGGCCUGCGCCAUGGCCACCUCUGCCGCCUCCUCAGAGCAUUUCGAGAAACUUCACGAGAUCUUCCGCGGCCUCCAUGAAGACCUGCGAGGGGUGCCGGAGCGGCUCCUGGGGAUGGCAGGGACAGAAGAGAAGAAGAAGCUGAUCAGAGAUUUUGAUGAAAAGCAACAGGAAGCAAAUGAAACGCUGGCAGAGAUGGAAGAGGAACUACGUUAUGCACCUCUAUCUUUCCGUAACCCUAUGGUGUCUAAGCUUCGGACAUACCGGAAGGACCUUGCCAAACUCCAUCGGGAAGUGAGAAGCACACCUUUGACAGCCACACCUGGGGGCCGAGGAGACAUGAAAUAUGGCUCAUAUGCUGUAGAGAAUGAGCAUAUGAACCGGCUACAGUCUCAAAGGGCAUUGCUUCUGCAAGGCACGGACAGUCUGAACCGGGCCGCCCAGAGUAUUGAGCGUUCUCAUCGGAUUGCCACAGAGACUGACCAGAUUGGCUCAGAAAUCAUAGAAGAGCUGGGGGAACAACGUGACCAGUUGGAGCGUACUAAGAGUAGGCUGGUAAACACAAGUGAAAACUUGAGCAAAAGUCGAAAGAUUCUGCGUUCAAUGUCCAGAAAAGUGACAACCAAUAAGCUGCUACUUUCCAUUGUCAUCUUACUGGAGCUGGCCAUCCUAGGGGGCCUGGUUUACUACAAAUUCUUUCACAAGCAUUGAACUUCCUAGAGGGAAGGGUUUGUGGACCAGAACUUUGACCCUGUGAAUGGUCUUAGAGAUGGGGAAGAAGCAUAGUGCUGCUGUGAGGUAAUGGUUUGAGGAUGCCAGACUGUGGGAGGUAGGAGGGGAGACAGAAAACCGCAUAACUGUGAAGGAACAGCAAUGAGACCUGAAGGAACAGCAAUGAGACCGGUAUAAUAUACCAACAUAAUAAUAAAUGCUGUUUAUGACUUCUUUAAAUUUACAUAGUAUUCCAAC